GUCAUCGGAGAAGCAUACCUUUAUCUUGAUGCCUUCCGUACAAAUCAGAGCCACCACCAAUCUUUUCCGUGCUGCUGUGACUCGUCCGUCUUUCUUACAACGCGGCUACAACCGGUUCUCAUAUAGAUAUAGCCAGAGACGGACUCUUGCUUCUCCACCACUCGUCUUCCAACCGGCCACCACACGAAACAGUUUCACCAUCUUCACACGCAAUAUGGCUUCAUCUGCGGCAGCUAAGCGCCUGGAGGGCAAGACUGUCCUCAUUACCGGAGCGUCGUCUGGCAUCGGACGAUCAACGGCCCUCGAGUUUGCGCGGACUAACCCCAAUGGCAACCUGCGACUCAUUGUGACGGCUCGCCGUACUGAUUCGCUGGAGGAGCUCGCUGCCCAGAUUCGAAAGGAGACCAACGAUGGAGUUAAGGUGCUGCCGGUGAAGCUUGAUGUGAGCAAGGCGGAUGAGAUCCGGGGUUUUGUGAGUGGCUUGCCAGAGGAGUGGAGGGAUAUCCACGUCUUGGUGAACAACGCCGGCCUUGUCAAGGGUGUGGCCAAGGCGCCUGAAAUUGAUGAGGAGGACAUGAACAUUGUCUUCACCACCAACGUCACAGGUCUCAUCAACAUGACACAGGCCAUCCUGCCAAUUUUCCAGAAGCGACCAAACGGUGGCCAGGGAGACAUCAUCAACAUUGGAUCAAUUGCCGGCCGGGAGCCAUACCCCGGAGGCUCAAUCUACUGUGCUAGCAAAGCCGCUGUCCGAAGCUUCACUGAAAGCUUGAGAAAGGAGCUCAUCGCCACUCGCAUUAGGGUCAUCGAGAUUGACCCUGGCCAGGUUGAAACGGAAUUCUCCGUCGUUCGUUUCUACGGUGACAAGGCCAAGGCCGAUGCCGUCUAUGCUGGCUGCGAUCCCCUCACACCUGAUGAUAUCGCUGAAGUCGUUGUCUUCGCCGCUACCAGACGGGAGAAUGUCGUCGUUGCUGAGUCUCUGCUCUACCCCAACCACCAGGCAUCUGCUCUCAUCAUGCACCGUCGACCAACAUAGAUGAAACAGGGACAGUGUAUGAAAAUAUAGUCACACCAACAUAGGCAAAAUACGCACUUAAGUAGAUAAAGAUAAAACAUCUUAAACAUCUGAUGC